AUGUCACGGCGGCAAGGCAAUGGCUACCGCGACGAUUCUCCUGAGGCGCCUGUCUAUGACGAUGCUCAUCGCGCGUUCCUGCACGCCUUCUUCUCAAACUCAGUCUUCACAAGCGACACGCUGAAACCAGUCGUCGCUGCUAUACUUUCAGCACAAUACCCCGCACGCCCACGGUUGGAAGGCGAUAUCACGGAGCCGAUGAUCACCUCGCUGAUACAAAACACGAACGCCAAAAUAUCACAUUUCGAUUUCGAGAUCCUAUCCGCUCGCGAACAGAUGAAAGGCGAUCGGACGUACGCGUUAGUCAACACAGCUUCAGACACCUUCACCCAGCUCGCGACCUCGUUCACGCCCGAUGAGAUCGCAUACAUCAAGCGUCUCUUGGACGCAAUGUUCGAAGAGAACAACUCGAGGACAAGAGAGAUUAUGGCUGUCAAACAAAUGCGGGCGAAGCAAUUGGCGAAAGCGCCGCCGCGCAACCGCCAGAGUCAAGCAGCGACUCAAGUGGACGCAGGCGAGGAACCGACGCAAGUCGAAUCAAAUGUUAAGUCCAUCAGUCACGGAGAUUGCGAGAGAGUGCUGCAAAUACUCGUUACACAAGGCUUCUUUCAAGAGUCGCGAUCCCAUUACUACUCGCUCGCGCCACGUGGACUUUUGGAGCUCCGAAAUUACCUAAAGGAAACGUACAAUGAACCACCUCCCGAAGACGAUGAUGAAGAGAAUGAGCCCAUCAUCAGGAUAAGAGACUGUGAAGGGUGUCAGGAGAUCGUCACCAUCGGCUUGAGAUGCGACAACAGAGACUGUGGCGUACGAUGGCAUACCAGGUGCGCGAACCAGUUCUUUGGCGGGCGGCAGGGCAACGGUAAACGCUGUCCGAAGUGCAAAACUGAUUGGAUGGGGUCUUCGUAUGUUGGAGAAAAGGCAGACCGCGUUCAGCCACGGGGCAGCACAGCCGGGAGGGCUUCACGAGCACAAGACGACGAAGAAGACGAGAAUGAGUAG